AUGGGAAUAAACGGGCGCUCAAAGGCUUUCCGGGACGUGUCCUGUAAGAACCUGACCGACGCCGGCUUCCCCGACCGUGUUAAGAGGAUGCAAGCAGUAGCUAAGACGAGCCUAUGGAUGGACACCUCCUGUGUUGGCGUAACCGGAGGCUCUGCUGGGGGUCAAAACGCCACGGCAGCAUUGCUGCACUACAACGACUUCUACAAGGCCGCGGUGGCCGAGUCGGGCUCUCACGAUGACCGCAUGAGCGACUACAAGUGGGCGGAAAUGUUCCUGAGCUGGCCGGUCGGUGCCAGCUACGAGACGAACUCGAACUGUGUCAACGCCGGGAAGCUGAGCGGCACGCUCCUGCUAGUGACGGGUGAGGUGGAUAACGUUGUUGAUCCCGCGACGACUAUGCGUUUUGCGAGUGCCUUGAUAGAGGCAAACGAGGACUUUGAUUUGGCGGUGGUGCCGAAAGUAGGCCAUUUUACAGCUGGGCUGGAUUGGCUGCAGCAGAAAAGGGCCCAGUUCUUCAAGAGGCGCUUGCAGGUUUAG